GGCUCAGCCCUGGGCAGGACCAGGCUCGACGUGCAGCUGAUCCUCAGCCCCUGGCAGCCUCCAGAGAAAGGAACCGCUCCUUGCCGUACCCCGGAGGUGUGCUCAGCAGGCAGCAGCCGCGGGGAAACGGCUUCCCGGCAUCUCUCCUCCCCUGCCUCUCCCACCCGGCACCCAUGGCCGAGGAGAAGACCUUUCGCUAUGGGUUCAUCAUGCUGGGAUUCUUCCUGGUGAUGACGGGAAUGUUCAUCAUGAGCGUGGAAAAGCCCCAGAUCUACAUCACCUUCUGCGCCCUCGGCGUCCUCCUCGUAGCCGUGGGCAUCAUCUGGAGCAUGUGCCAGUGCUACCCAAAGAUAACUUUCAUCCCUGUGGAUCUCGAGACCGAGCGGUUCCUGGACCACAAACCCAUCGUGCUGUCGGAGAGGGACACCCGCUCGCAGGCACCCUGCCCCGGCCAGGAGGCCACCAGCGCCUACGAGAAAAGCCUGCCGUCCUACGAGCAGAUCCAGAGGCAGGAGAUGGGCUCGGCGCUGCUCCCACCCACGGCCCAGCCCAGACCCCGCAGCUGCUCCCAGCCGGCCGUGCAGGCGAAAGCAGAGGUUCACCAGGAGCUGGGGGGUGCUGGAGAUCCCCCCCGAGAGCCGGCGCCUCGGCUGGAGACGGCGGUGGGCAGCUGCCCCCCCCGGCCGGCCCCAGGGGACGCGCCGCUGGCAUCCCUCCUGGAGGACAUGGACACGCCGUCGCUGGAGGGCUCCGUGCCUGGCAGCCCCGUGCCACGGGGCCGACCCCCCCCGCCAUCUGCUGCCUGCUCCAGCUGCACCCCGACCAGCUCCCCGGCGGGGGGAGAGCACCCCAGUUCCCCCUGCAAAGGCAGCGGGGAGGUGGAUGACCUGUAUUAUGGGCUCCGAGAAGGGCUGGAUGGUCUGCUCGAGGAUAGCGACUGCCUUUUUGAGCCUGAAAACUGAUUUCCUGGAGAGAACGGCCACUUGGCAUGGACCCAUCUCGUGGAGGGGACGCAAAUGUCACAGCCUGGAAGAGAGGGGCUGGGGCUGUCCCCUAAAAGCACAAUGACUGCAGCAAGGAGGAGCCCCCAGGCUCCUGCCUGUCCCCCGUGCCAUGCUGCGCCUCUCGUGCCCACCCAGCUGCAUGGGAAGCCACCAUCCUGCAAAACCCAAGGGGAGCAUCACCAUCUCCCGAUCCUCAUGUUUCCACAGCGCGGGGGACAGCCAGCAGCAAGGCCCCCUCGCUGGAGCCCUUUGGGUGGGCAGAGAUAAGCGUGACUGCUGGGCUGGGCAGGAUCUGGGCUAAAUAAUGUCCCUAGGGAGCGGGAGGAUUAGCUUUGCUGCUUGAAACAGGAUCAGCGUUUAGGUAGGUAAAGAUGUAUUCACCUCAGGUAAGCUUUACGAGGCAGAGAUGUCCACAAAGCCUUUUUCCCACUCAUCAAAGCCAUCCCGGAAUUAAAAUUACAUCCCGAGACUCUGGCAGCAGGCAGCCUUCAUGUCUCCAGGUUGGGAGAGGGGUGAUGGAGGGGAGAGAGCGUGCUGUCCCCAUCUCCUGCGUGAGGACCAGCUUCCAGCGCCGACGGGGGUGGAGGGAGGAGGACUUGGCUGAGCCGAAACCCUGGUGAUGGCUGUGGCUUCCCGAGGCCGCUCGAGGUGGUGGCUUGGGGCGACAUUUUUUUUCUCCACUGGGUCGGUGUCAACAGCCGCGGUGCUGCGGGGGGCUUUGCAUGCCGGUGCCCGCCGUCCCCAAACUACCCCUGAAUAAUAAGCGCUCGUUUCAAGUCACGUUGAUGGAGCUCAGCCUGGUUCAUCACCACGACGGGGGCAAUGCAGCGGGCUUUUGAGCAGCCUGUUUCCAACAUGAGGAGAUACCAGUGCUGGUGGGAGCCGCGACCUCCGCCUGCCCUAUGGCUGCUCGGGGCUGUGGGGUCUGUGCAGCCGAGCCUCCCCAGGACAGCCGGAUUCGGGCUGAUUUCAGGAGGAAAGCUGAAAGCGGCAGCGGAUCCAACAGUAUGGGGAUGCUGAGAGUCCCUCGCCCUGUUUUGAGAAAGCUGGGCUGGGUGCUGCGUGUGCCCGGAGGUUUGGGAGCAUGUAUCUGCUGUCAGAGCGGCUCUUCAGCAAAUUUCUGUGGGUUGACAAGCCCAAAAGCGGGGGAAAAGCUGUCCUCUGGCACCAGAGAGGGAUGGAGCGCGGGAGCCCUUCUCCCCUGCCGCCCAGGGAGUGCUUUGCUGGUGCAAUCCAGGGGGGAGCAAGACACGACUGUACCUGGGGGCUUCGUGCCCCGUGACACUGGUGUUACUGUGCCCUUUGCUCACCUUCGCGGCACCGCAGCAGCAAGGGGAAAAGGACAGGCACUGCCCCACGCGCGCAGGGUGUUUAUAGCCAACGGUGCCGUCAGGAGGGUGGGGAAUGAAGAUGCCAGUGUUUGCUAAAUAUUGCAGGCAGGAUUGCAAGCGGCCGUCCAAGAGGAAGCAUUAGCCAACUGUUUACACUUGCUCGACUUCUGCUAGUCCUUCCUGGGAGGGGGGGGGCCAGCGUGGUGGCUUCGGGGAUGCUGUUCGGACAGGGACAUGUCUGGCUGGGUUUCGGAGGGUGCCUGGGGAAGGAGGUGGCUCUGCGUCGCUGUCUUGUGUUCAGUUUAGAACUCUCAUGGUGACCUGAAAGCUUUUGCCCAACUCUUGUCCUGGCACUCACUACCCCUUUUGGUGAAACUUAAUUUUCCAAAGUAUUUUCCUUGGGCAGGGACAGAGGCUAGGGCUGGAGCCCCCCCCCCUCCCCCCGCCUUAUGCAGCUGGAUUUGUCCCCCCGCAUCCCUCAGCGAAGCAUCCUUGCCGUGCCCACAGCCGGGAGGACCCCGGGGCACAAAGGGUUCAGCUCCCCCACGCCGGCUGAGGUUAAACAUUGUGAGAAACGGGACAUUCCUGCAUGAAAUUAAAAGCUUCGCGAAGCCCAGGGCCCCGGCCGCCCGCUCGGCCUCUCGUGGGGUGCAGCCCCCGGCUGCUCCCCCACGCAGGAACCCCGCGUCUGUGGGACGCCCCACAUCCCGGCUCCGUGCGGCCGGGGCCGUCCCCACUGCAGGGAGCUGACAGCGGAGGAGGAGCGGGGUCACGCCGCUGCCCACGCAGCCCACGCGGGAGCGGGUCGCGCUGCCUGCCCUUGGCAGCACGCGGGGGGGGGCAGGCACCAGCGCACCAGUGGUGUAGUGGUAUCAUGCAAGAUUCCCAUUCUUGCGACCCGGGUUCGAUUCCCGGCUGGUGCAGGGCGGACUGGUGCAGCGCUGUUGGCUGCUCAGUAACCCAAUCACACUGAACUCCCCCAAAAUAUCUGGGGUUAAGGUGCCUUCUUUUUGCCCCGAGGUCUGCUGCUGCAGCCACAGCGGGAUGCGGCUCCAUCACCCCGGCCUCUGCAAGCAGCACCCUCUGUCCUGGUUUCGGCAGGGCUAGGGUUAACUUUCUUCCUAGCAGCUGGUUAGUGCUGUGUUUUGGGUUUAGGAUGAGAAUAACUCUGAUAACACACCAGUGUUUUUAGCUGUUGCCAAGCAGUCAAGGACUUUUCAGCUUCUCACACUGCCCUGCCAAUAAGAAGGCGGGGGGUGCCCAAGAAGCUGGGAGGGGACACGGCCAGGACACUGACCCAGACUGCCCAAAGGGAUAUUCCAUACUGUAUGAUGUCAUGCUCCACAUAUAACUGGGGGGUUGGCCAGGAGGCAGCAUGGCUUGGGAACUAGGUGAGCAUUGGCUCCAGGUGGUUAGAAAUUG